AAAAAUGGGUUUUGUCCACUUCCCAAAUCACAGCUGAUCACAAUGAUGCCUGGGGCUAUGGUGAGGUUGUCGCUGACGGCUUUGGGUUGCCCUAUUCUAUAUAUGACGACCAUAUUUACGUUGGAGUUUCUUCUCGCUCCUCGCUCAAUGCCGAUACAGAGAAAUUUAAAGAAAUCCUUUCCAAAACUUUGCUUUCAAUGUCUGAAUUGAUCAAGAAGAUCCGCGGCGAUGGCUUUGCUAGCAUGCCCUCAUCCUCGCUUUGA